AUGGCUGAUGCAUACGAUUCACGUCUUUUAGCUACAGGUAGAGAAAUUCCCACUACCGGACAAUCAGAUAAUGCAAGUGUGGUCCAUGGUAAUGUGCAUAGAGAGAAUGAAGGUAGUGUGAGCAUUUCAGGAGCAGGCACAGAGGUGGUUCAGAUGGUUAGAAGCACAAAGAAAAGAAGAAGAUUCGACGAAAGAAGAGGAAGACCUGCAAAAGCUAUAUGGACACUUUUUGACAGGAUUAGAGAUCCGGGUACAGAUCGAAUAACUCGAGCCCGGUGUAAGUUUUGUGGUGAGUGUGUGGCUCCCCGCCCUGCAGAAACAAUGCUUGUUCAUGCCAGAUACUGCAUAAGUAUGAAAGAUAACUGUGACCCGAAACUUUACGAGAGUUUGACCACUGGACCCAGUACAAUUGUCUCGAAACGAGUGGUUAAACACCAGCCAAUCAUGUUUGAUGGAGACGGCGAACUUGAUGAUGCAAGUGCUGCUGGAUUGGAUGAUCUCACCUCAAUUGCUGCGAACACUGAAACUAGCACUGGUGUUGAAAGCACAAAUGGUGCAGAUACAACAAAUGCAACCUCGCCAGCCUUAAUAAGAAAGACUCAGCAGGGAGAUUUAAAGGUGCACGGCCUACACGGUGGCGAGGAAUUGACCAUGGCACGUCCGCACAAGUUGAGCACUCAAAAAGCAGAAAUAGACAUGUCUGUUAUGCGCUUUUUCAUUGCUAACAACCUUCCUCUUGCCACAGCAAACGAUCAGAGCUUUCGGACGAUGGUGCAGUUGAUUUCUGACGGCAGCUACCGGGUUCCGACGGGAAAGCAGCUGACAAAACUUUGUCUCUCAAGUCUUUCAAGAGCAACACAGUACAAAGAGCCGAAACUUGCGCUAGAGAGAGAUUUGCACAAUUCCAGGGCUGAAAACAGCACCGAAAUAAACGUUGAACCCCAAGAAGAGGGUUCAUCCUCAGCAUUAGCCAGCAGUAGUAUCAGCAGCAGUCGAGUCAUUGCAACUUCAGCAUUGGCUCAUGCUGCUAAAGAUGAUUCAGUCAGCGAUACAGAAAUUUUGAAUAGAACGCGGUGA